AUGUACCACAGUAUUUCGACGAAGACGGUCCAGCAGGGCCCGGAUGGAGAGAUCGAGGAGCCGCUCGCUCCAGAGCUGCCCGUUGCCGUCGCAGCCGGGGGAGAGGUCCAGGCGCGCGCGGAAGAGGUCGCGGCGACCGCCGGCAUGCUCGUCCAGGCCGCGAUGCCGGGUCCAGGAAGCGACGGCGACGGCCCAGGCGGAGGCGAGGCACGGGGGAUCGUCACUCCACGCCCGCUACUGCGUAGUGCAGCACACAGUUACAUGGAGCGAGCACUAUUGCACCGCGAGAAUGGCAGGCCUGCGAGGCUUGUUCCCGCUCGUCUGCUGGCCACUCGUUGGAUCCUCGCGCCGACCGUGCCAGACUGA